AUGCAAAUAAAAACAACGAUAGAGGAACGCGCGAAACACGCUUUCACAAAAGGGAGAAAUACAGGGAUCCGUAAAAUUGAAAACCUGAAGAACAAGAAAAUAAACGAAAUCAACCAACAGCCAAACUGGAUAGAAAACACGACCAACACAGAAAUCCCCGACUUUCUCAAAAGAGUUCUUCUCCUGGGACCAAACUUCAACAUUCAGAGCAAACACAACAUUCCAUACGUUAAAUUUGUUGCUGAUGUUGAAAGCGCGAUAGCAAAAAAACCAGAAGCAGAGGACAUACGAGCAGACGUGGCAACGGCUAUUUCCAAUCACCUCAACUACCAACGUCAACCAAGAUCGAAAGAAACAGAGUGGAUUAAAAGAGAUAUCGUUAGCAGUCGCGCUUUCCUGAAAACCCACGAAGACAUUUACAUCACUCGGGCGGACAAGGGUAAUAAAACGGUCAUAUUAUCAGCACAAGAAUACCGCCAAAAAAUGUCACUGCUGGUCUCGGACGCCACCACAUACCAACAAAUGAAUUGUGAUCCAACUUCCAAAAUACUAAAACAGCUCAACACAAUUGUGGAAAAAUGGCACCAAGACCAACACAUCGACUACUUCACGAAAACCAAACUACAAACUUUCCACUGCCACCCGCCAAGAAUCUACGGCUUGCCGAAGAUUCACAAACCCGAACGUCCACUUCGGCCAGUGGUCUCCACAAUAGGUUCGGCUACCUAUAGCGUGGCGCGAUAUCUCACGGACAUUCUGAACAACAUCGUAGGUAAAACGGAAUAUCAUGUAAAAAACAGUUUCGUUUUUGCCGAAGACAUCUCGAAGGUCCGAAUCCCCGAAGGCUGCGUGAUGUUCUCUCUUGAUGUCGUAUCGCUAUACACCAAUGUUCCAGCAGAAAACGCGUAUGCCUUCAUAGAGGACCAAUGGCACAGGCUGCGCAAGUACACAACACUCUCCCUUGCCUCCCUGCAACAAGCCCUAAGCGUUGUUCUCAAAUCCUCCUUUUUCAAAUACAACAACAACUACUACAAACAGAUACACGGUGUACCCAUGGGAUCAUCUAUAUCGGGAUGCAUCGCUUCGAUCUGCAUGGAAAAAUUAGAACAAGGAUGCAUCGAACUCGCCAGGGAAAGUGAUGUAGAUGUGAUUUUAGAGGAAUUUAACAACGCGCAUAAAACCCUCAAAUUCACGCUCGAGAAGGAGGAACAACAAACCAUUCGCUUCCUGGACAUGACUUUAUCGAGGCAACAUGAUAAAAUUAUCAAAACGUGGUUCACAAAACAACCGGACGGACGAUACUUGGACUUCAAUUCGGAGAGCCCGUUUACGCACAAACAAAAUACAAUCUGCGGUAAAGAAUAUAUCGGCCAAACAUCGCAAACGUUGGAAAAAAGGACCAAACAACAUGAAAUCAGCAUACGAGUGAAAAACAAACAAACUGGCCUAGCGCAACACGCACUGGAAGACGACGCUUACCACACGUUCGAUUUUACGAAAACUCAAAUUCUGGAGAUGAUCAGCCACAAGUCGCAUAGGUUGAUUGCGGAAAAACUGCACAUCAAACUGAGAGGGAACCAAGCGGUUAAUCUCCAGAUUGAUACGAAGGGAGUUUCCAAUGCCUACAACGGACUAUGGACCAAACUCAGAGAGGAGAGAGAACGAGAGAAUCCAAAAACUCUAAUAAACCGACGUCCCGACGACAACCAGCAGCAGCAGCAGCAAUAG